AUGGCUGAGGCCAUCACCUACGCAGACCUGAGGUUUGUCAAGGCGCCCCUGAAGAACAUAGGCUGCCGGCUGGGCCAGGAUGAGAAUGAAGAUGAAGAUGGAGAACUCACCUAUGAGAAUGUGUCUCCAGCCCAGGGGGGACUUUCCAAGUUGGCUUCCUCAGGACCAGGGGACAAAGCAGGGCUCAGCUCCGAGGAUCAGCACCCCUCUCCCUGGCCUUCUGCGACGCUCCCGGCAGCGAAGCGGGUCCUUCCCACCUGUGUGCACUACGUGCUUCUGGGCCUGCUCCUGGGAUGCCUGUUUCUGGCGGUGGCCGCGAUCUGCCUGAUGGUUCGCUAUCUGCAGGUGUUACAGCAGCUUCAGGGAGUGCAUGGGGUACUGGAAUCCACCAAUAGCAGUCUGAGGCAGGAGCUCCGCGAGACCUCAGCAAAACUGGAGCAGACAAAGAUGGAGUUGAAGGGGUCCAAGGAUGAGCUGGAACAGAGUAAGAGUUUCCUAGAAAAAGAGCAGCAGGUGGGCCAGGACACCGAAAAGCAACUGAAGGACUGCCAGAGAGACCUGGAUAAUGUAAAUGCCACCUUGCAGCAGGAGGAGACACAGAGGAAGAAUUUGGAGCAAAGAUUGGAAAACGUGCAGGACAGGCUGAGGCGCCUCUACACUUGCACCAGUCCAGACUCCUGCUGUCCUCUGGGAUGGGAACUGAACAAGAGGACUUGCUUUCAUGUCUUACUUGCUCGGAGAAGUUGGGAAGAUUGUAUAGAAUAUUGUAAAUUGUCAUCUAACCUAAUCAUCGCUGACAUUUACUAUUACUCAGAUGAUACAAACAUCAAUUACUUAUAUCCAAUGCUCUAUCAACUUUCCUGGUCUAAACUAUAUAUGAUUCGCUUCAGGAACAGAAAUGAUGGUAAAACAAUUGGGUAUAAUUCUAAGAGGACAUGUGUCAUUUGGGAGAAACACGAAUACAAGUUGUCAUACACAUGUAGUGGUAAUCUACCUUGCAUCUGUGAGUCGCCAGCUUUCAGAAAUGAAGAACUGGAGCUGCCUUUAAACUGGGAUAGGUCCAAGAGCACCUUGUUCUGCCUGGAAAGUGUCCAGCUUGGCCAAGGGCCAAUCCAGGCCCCACACUUCUCUGCAGCCUGCUGCCCUUGGUGUGAAGUCCUAUUUCCUGGGAAGGGGGUGAAGAAGCCUCGAAAAAGAGAUUCUGGCCUCCCUGAGUGGAAUGGGGUGGGGGAGGGCGCAUGGGCUGAGCUGAUAGGGGCAGCCCGGAGCCAGCCAGGCAGUUUUAUUGAAAUCUUUUUAAAUAAUCUGCACGUUAGUCUCCUAUGUCAGCAACACUGUGUAUGUUUGGUGAUUCUCGGUAGAGCAAGCUCUGAGGCCAAGAGGCAUGUCCACUCCCUCGAGUCUAUGCUGAGGUCCCCUACAUGGGGGAGAAUAAUCAGUGAGCCCAAAGGGGCUGCAGCUGUCCAGCACGUGUGUCCUGUCCUUGGUGCAUCCUGA